CGAUGGGUCAUUAUGGAGCCCCAAUAUGGAGUCGGGCAUAUGCUAGUGGGCAUCGGUUGUGUGAAGGCCUGUAAUCCACGAGCCAGGCCCAUACAUUCGUCAAGGAUACCGCCAUUUUUUCCCUUCGUUUUGUUUGUUGACGCUUCAGAUUUGCAAACGGAAGAGAAGCUCUGUGAGGUGUUGGGAGAGAGGAGGUGAAACUCAGGCUCCGAUUGGACCAGACGCAAACGACCAUGAAAUCCAACGCGUGGGUUCUAUUGUUAUUAGUGAUCUACUUCGGCGUCGUCGAUUGCAUUGAUGAUAAAUGCGCCGCCUGCAAUGCUGUUGCCGAGGAGAUAGAACGUGGACUUUCCAAUGAAAAACCGAGGAAUCAUUUAGAUAUGAGACAUCGGUUGGAUUCUAAAGGUCAGCGUAAAGGGAAGGUAAUUGAUUACAGGGUCAGUGAGCUACGAGUAGUCGAACUCCUGGAUGGGCUUUGUGAAAACAUGCAAGAUUACACGAUUGAUAAGACAGAUUCAACUGGACAACAGUGGAUCAAGGUGGAUAACUGGGACAACCUAGCAAAUAAACAAGAAGCUCGGGCCUAUUCAAAAGACAUAUCAACUUAUUGUGGAAGGUUAUUAGAGGAAGCAGAAGAUGACUUGGCAGAGUUGAUUAAGAAAGGAUCUAUCAGAGCAAGUAACGUUAAGAAAGUCCUAUGCCAUGAUUUGAGCAGACAUUGCAGCAAGGCGAGCGGUGCUCAGCUGAAUGACAAUGAUGACGAAGCAGAUGGAGAAUUAUGAAAUAUUCUUAAGAUAGGCUCGAGAGCGAAGCUAUAAAACCAGUUGCUCUUUCCCCAUAAGCUACAUACUUGGAAUGGCCAUGUCACUGUCAAAGUUUCUUACAGUGGCAUCCAAUUUGCACCCUUCAUUGAAAUUCUCGUGUGGUUACUAUGCAGCCCUUUGGCUAAUGUGAACUUGUAAUCUUUGUCCUUAUAGUUCUCGUGGAGUGCUUCAUGAAAGGUGAUUUGAGAAACAAGCAAAAUUGUCGAAAGCAAUUGGAAUUGACCACAAUUGAGAUGGUGUGUUAUUUAUCGUUCGUUGUCUGGUCUGGUGUGCUAUAAACAAAAAUAACAACAAACUGAGACACAUUAAAACAGCUCCUAAAUAUAUGAAGCCGUGCUUCGUUGUCGUACAAAGAUAGUCAGGAGAAGGUUCAUGCUGCGCCAAUUUCUGAAUUUCAUAAAUAAGCAGAGAGAGAUGAGAAACAAAUGAAUUUUUGGGCUUCCAACUGGUACAACAGUAAUCUGUACACGCAUGGAAUUCGAAAUCACAUUGAAACAGAAAAGGAAAAGGAAAA